GACGCGCGUCGACACCAAAUCCGCUAGAUUACUGAGCCGUCCCUCAGCAAAAGGAAAGGGAACUGUUUUUACCGUUUUUAAGGACUGUUGUUUUACGGACCAACUAUGCCCGUAUUUAGCCUCGAGGGGUCCAAUGCUUUAUCCGGUGGAAUACAACUCUUUGGAAGAAUCCCUUAUUGAUCUUUUUCAUCUUUUUUGUGGUUGAGAGAAGAGCCCCACAGGGUUGUCGGGCCAGUGGGUCGCUAAGAGUUGGAACAACGACGGUCUUCCCUUUAGUAGUUUGCAUUAAAAGAAACUUGUUUGGGUGGAUUUUAGAUGUCAGGACGAGUCAAAUCUUUAGCCUAAAUGCUCGAACCAAGGAUUAAUAAUGACUCAUGAUUUGGGAAAUGAGUGUUCUUUGAACUGGCCAGUUCAUUGUCAUAAGCUAGGCUAAGCUUUGAUCCUAACUAUUAUGAAAGCUACAUUCUUGUUCAAACGGAUACAUUAUUUAUAACUAUGCCACGGGACAUGUGUUACUCAACGGACUCAAAGUAAUUCAUGCAUUAUAAUUCAGUAGUACUGUUUUUUUGGCUUUUCAGACAUUAAUUCCACCUUGAACUUAACAAUUGACUGACCCGGUACUCAGCAUGUCAUUUUUUAAUUUCCGUAAAAUAUUUAAAUUGGGAGCUGAAAAGAAGAAGAAGCAGUAUGAACACGUCCACAGAGAUGAAAAUCCUGAGGAAAUAUGGGACAUCAUAGGUGAACUGGGAGAUGGAGCCUUUGGAAAAGUGUACAAGGCACAGAACAAACAGACAGGAGUCCUUGCUGCGGCCAAAGUCAUUGACACAAAGAAUGAGGAGGAGCUGGAGGACUACAUGGUGGAGAUUGACAUCCUGGCCUCCUGCGACCACCAGAACAUUGUGAAAUUGCUUGAUGCUUUUUACUAUGAGAGCAAACUCUGGAUCCUCAUUGAGUUCUGUGCAGGAGGGGCCGUGGAUGCUGUCAUGCUAGAGCUGGAGAGACCCCUCACGGAGCCCCAGAUCAGGGUGGUGUGUCGGCAGACUCUGCAGGCCCUCCUCUACCUCCACGACAACAAGAUCAUUCACAGAGACUUGAAAGCCGGCAACAUCCUCCUCACCCUGGAUGGUGAUGUCAAGCUGGCUGACUUCGGUGUGUCUGCCAAAAACACCAAAACGCUACAGAGAAGAGAUUCUUUCAUUGGAACGCCUUACUGGAUGGCUCCAGAAGUGGUGAUGUGUGAGACAUCCAAAGACCGUCCAUACGACUACAAGGCCGAUAUCUGGUCCCUUGGGGUGACCUUGAUUGAGCUGGCGCAGAUAGAACCACCCAAUCAUGAGAUGAACCCUAUGAGAGUCCUGCUGAAAAUAGCCAAGUCGGACCCUCCCACCCUUAUGCAGCCAUCGCGCUGGUCCCCAGAAUUCAGCGAUUUUCUCAGGAGGUGUCUGGAUAAAAAUGUGGACAACAGAUGGAGCACGGCUCAGCUUCUACAGCAUUCAUUUGUGGCCAGUGUGGAAGACAACAAGCCACUGAGGGAGCUGAUAGCUGAGGCGAAGGCUGAGGUCACCGAGGAGAUUGAAGAGCACAAGGAGGAAGAGGAGGAGGAUGAGACAGAGGCACAGCUGGGCCACAAACGUGCCCCAUCUGAUGUCAGCGUGGCCAGCUCUGAUGAUGAGAAGGUCCCCCUGUCUCCCUCCGUCUUGGAGGCAGUGCCUGAGAAGGCUGAGCCAGUACUGCCUACACCCACACCCGCUGAAUUCCCUGUGGCCAACCACGUUGUGGACAUUGGCUUUGUAGAGGAGCCAGCUGCUCCUGCAAAUGUGGAGCAGACAGAAGAGACCCCAAGCACUCCAGCUGAGGAUUCAGAAAUAGAAAAGAAAUCGGAGGAAGAGGUGCCUCCAGAAGCAGAAGCAGAAGUAGAUGUUGUCUCGCCAGAACCAGAGACUGAAUCAGAAACACCUGUCAAGGAAAUGGAACAGUUGGAGAUAGGCGUUGAGGACGAGAAGGAGGUGGACACAGCUGAAGUCCCAGCCAAUCCAGAGGCCACCAGUCAGAGUUCAGAGGUCACUGAAGCUCCUCAGGAAGAAAAGAUGGAUGUCACAGAAGAAUCCAACGAAGUGGCCGAGGAGAGAGAACAAGAGGACCCUUACAAACAUCUAAAGGUGACUUUGACGCUACCAGGGGAAGACAAACCUAUCCCAAAAGAAAAAGAGGAGGACAGAGAAGAGCAGAGAGAAAAGGAUAAAACUGCCUCUGAAGAUGAAAAAACUAUUCCAGAUAAGGCUAAGGACGAUAAAGAGAGAGAUUCAGACUCAGGAAGUGGCUCUGCCGCAGAUAACAGCAGCAUAGACCUGAACCUCUCUAUCUCAAGCUUCUUGACCAAAACAAAAGAGCCAGGAUCUGUUUCCAUACAGGACACCAAGCGUCAGAAGAAGACGUUGAAAAAGACCCGUAAAUUCAUCGUGGACGGAGUGGAAGUCAGCGUCACUACAUCAAAGAUCAUCACAGACAAUGACACAAAGAACGAGGAGAUGAGAUUCUUGAGGCGCCAGGAGCUUAGGGAGCUGCGUCUCCUGCAGAAGGAGGAGCAGAGGGCCCAGCAGCAGCUCAGUAACAAGCUGCAGCAGCAAAAAGAACAGAUCUACCGGCGCUUUGAACAGGAAACCACGAGUAAGAAGCGUCAGUACGACCAGGAGGUGGAGAAUCUGGAGCGUCAGCAGAAGCAGACCAUCGAGAGGCUGGAGCAGGAGCACACCAAUCGACUCAGGGACGAGGCCAAGCGCAUCAAAGCCGAGCAGGACAAGGAGCUGUCCAAGUACCAGAACAUGCUCAAGAACCGCAAGAAGGAGGAGCAGGAGUUUCUUCAGAAGCAGCAGCAGGAUCUGGACAGUGCACUGAAGAAAAUCAUCCAGCAACACAAACAUGAGCUGGCCACCAUCGAGAGAGACUGCCUCAACCACAAGCAGCAGCUUCUCAGAGCAAGGGAGGCAGCCAUGUGGGAGCUAGAAGAGCGCCAUCUGCAGGAGAAGCACCAGUUGUUCAAACAGCAGCUCAAGGACCAGUACUUCAUGCAAAGACAUCAGCUGCUGAAGAGACACGAGAAGGAGAUGGAGCAGAUGCAGCGCUACAACCAGCGUCUGAUCGAGGAGAUGAAGAACAAGCAGACGCAGGAGAGAGCCAGGCUGCCAAAGAUACAGCGCAGCGAGGCCAAGACCCGCAUGGCCAUGUUCAAGAAGAGCCUUCGCAUCACCGGAGCCGCCAUCACGCCUGAGCAGGAGAGGGAGAAGGUCAAACAGUUUGCAGCUCAGGAGGAGAAGAGGCAGAAGAAUGAGAGGCUCCACCAGCACCAGAAACAUGAGAACCAGAUGAGAGACCUGCAACUGCAGUGUGACACCAACAUCAGGGAGCUGCAGCAGUUGCAGAAUGAGAAGUGCCACCUGCUGAUCGAACACGAGACCCAGAAGCUGAAGGAGCUGGACGAGGAGCACAGCGUGGAGCUGAAGGAGUGGAGGGAGAAGUUACGACCCAGGAAGAAGGCUCUGGAGGAAGAGUUUGCCAGGAAGUUACAGGAGCAGGAGGUGUUCUUUAAGAUGAGCGGAGAGUCGGAGUGCCUUAACCCCUCCACCCAGAGCCGCAUCUCCAAGUUCUACCCGAUCCCCAGCGUCCACUCCACAGGUUUCUAGGAGAAACCUGCACACACAUACACACACACAAACACACCACCACAUACACUUGAGUGUUACGCUACGCACUCGUGGUGAGGAAGACACAUAACACUCCGACACACAUACACUUAAGAAGAGACUAAAGACUGAGCCCGUGCUGCCUUGCCCCGCCCCCUCUGGCAGCGAUCAGAGGAUGUCGGGGGGUUUGUUCUCUGUGUCUGGACUACAGCGUUCGCACCCCAGUCUGCAGCUCCGACAGAGGGACACCUCCGGAGUUCACACUGGGGCCAAGUUCUCCUGUUGUGCUGAGUUUUCUUUUGCUCAUUUUGCCAGUUUCUUCCGUUACCAGUCAUUUUACCAUAACACUCAGUUUUUGAAAUGAUGUCAGUGAUGAUGAAGUUAUGAUGGAGGCUGAUAAUGUUUUCAAAUGACGUAUUUCGACGCCGCGGUCGACACCUCAGAACCACUAAAGUGAAGUAGCUGUCUUCCCGACUUUUUCUUUUUUUUUUUUUUUUUGUGAUUGAAUUCUUUAUGAAGAAUCCAGUGCCUGUAGAGUUUGAUGUUACUGGCUUUUUAAGCGGUUUCUGAUCAUUAUUUGCUGCUCGAUUUUUCUCCAACUCAGAAAUUUGCACUAAGAAAAAGGAUAGCAUUUUUAUACCACUUAAUCGCAAUGUUAUGAAUUUAUUUGGUUUCGGAUCUAUGAUCAGCCUCGAGAAUGGUAACCUUAUCAUUUAUAAUUGAGUAUGAAAUAGAAUGUACCUCUGAUAAAAUAGAAAGAGCACAUUUUUACUACAACUCCUGAUGUAGGCAUGGUGAUACGGUAUAUUUUUAUUAAAUCAAACAUAUUUCUCUCUGUUAUCAUCUUAGUUAAUGAUACAUUAGGGGAUAAAAUACCUUGUUUUAUGCGUGAUUUCAAUGCAAAUUGUAAACUUUUUUUCCCCAAUGGAAAUAAUUCCUUUCUUCAGGGUUUUCCUUAGCAUGCCUUUCUAUUUUGAGCACAACUCUGAGACUCAGUUCUCUUGUUUUGCAACAGGCAGUAAAUGGUGGAAGCCAUUUAUCUUUUUUUACAUACAGUGGAGAUGGUGUUUACAUUCAGAGACAGAAGGUUCACUGUCAAAAGGACAAGAAGGAUAUCACUGUGGUGUCAGAAAAUGCCUGACUGUGUCACGGCAUUUUCAAUCAGUCUAUAUAGAUCUGGACCUGUUAGUUGGUCUGUGUUUUGUUUGUAGGUCACACCAGUUUAUCGCUGUUGUUGAGCAAAAAUCAUGUAUCUACUGUACAGGAUGAAGUGGUUCAGGGAUGAAAAAUAGAAUGCAGUUUUCCCAUUGGUGUCCAUGUGUUUUUGAAAUUAUACAGUUUGUUUUCAAGAGGUUUCAAAGGCCCAAGGGUCACGGAAUACACAAGAAAAACUACCAUGUAACUUUCCAAUUCACUUGCGUAAAAGAAAACAUCUUAACUGCAGUGAUGUGAUUUUUUUCCUGCAACAGCAGCGCUCACGGUGUGUCGGUUUUUCUUCAUACAGUAUUUUGCUACCAGAUGGGUUGAACUGCAUGGCUUUGUUUUUCUUUUUAUUGAAAUGAUAAUUCUAUUUUAUUGUCAUACUAGCUAAUAGCCUUAAUACUUCAUAAAAAAAAACCUGUAUGGAUAUACUGUGUACCUGUUAUGGCCAUCUUUUUAAGCUUUUGGUCAAAUUCUAGGUUCAGUGCCAGCUCGCCAUGGUAACAUUGUAUUCUCUUAUUUUAUCAAAAAUAUUAUUUUAAGUCCAGAAAUGUUUGAUUCGACAGGUUUCAUUUGAUCUGUAUUCAAACAAAGCAAAACAGAAUUCAAUCUCUUAGCAAAUGUUUUGUGUGUAGGCCUGUGUAUUAUCUAUUCAUAAAAUGUAGUUUAGUGUUUGAUGCGGUUUGAAACACCUUAGCGGAAAAAAAAAAUGGACCUGACUGGUUUAGGCCA